ACCUUCGUUGUCUUGGUUUCCCUGGACAAGAUACGCUUCCACCCCAAAUGUUUUUUUUCUCCUUUUCAGACGCCCUACUGCCCUCCCGACAUGGAGCUACUCGAGAGCGCCAUGGAGGUGUUCAGUGCCUUCAUCACGUGGCCCGAGCCGUACUACAGCGUGUGUCGAAACCUGCUCUCCACCCUCCAGCUGGAGAUCAAGGCUCCGGGGAUUUCCUUUCAGAGACUGGUGAGAGAAGAGCAGGACCUGAACACCAGCUGUCACUUCUCCAAGACCACGUACGUCCAUAUUGACAAUGUUGUGUUGCCUCUGUCAUUGACACAUUUUUGAAUUAAUGACGCCAAUUUGUUGAAGAAAAGCAGCACGGGAGAGAUGCAUGUCUGAUCGUAAACGACAGUUUAAUUCAUUCUGUAUUUUCUUU